CUAUGAAUCCGCCCGCCCCUGUCAAGGCGGCGCCCUUGGCUCGCCCAUACCGCGACUUCCUCACCCCGUCGUUGCACAGAAGAUUUACGAGUGCUGCCCUGGUUGGACUGGCAGCAUGCUGGCUCAUCUCUAUUCCCAUGGCUAGCCCUAGCCUGUUCUGGUCCUGGUUCCCUCUUGGUCCUGCUGGUGUUCGCACUCUCUUCCUCUUCAUCUCGUCGCUCUCCAUCUUCGUCCUCCGAGUCGCUCAACUGCACUUUGGCCCGCGAACCACCAUCUCGACCUUUGAGUCUUUCUGGACCUACCUAGUGUCCAAGAACACCAUUCUGACCUGCUUCUGGUACUCUCUCUCGGCCUUUCUCUUUGCCGAGCUUUACAUCUUCACCACUGCCAAAGAUGCCAAUCUUGCGUGGAUCGACCCUGGCAGAUCCUACGAACGUCCCAAGUUGAACGAGCGACCCAUUCUUCUCCGCUCCCAAUUUCUCUUCCUCGCCCUGGCUCAAUCCGCCAUCCAUCUCUACAAGGACUAUGACCUGAUCCGCCUGCCACAAUCUCCAUCCAAGAGCUCGCCAGUUAUGCAGUUAAAGGACGAAAUUAAGAACAUUGUCGCCCACACGGCAAAGCUUGUCACUCUCACCUGCUUGUUUGGCCCCUUCUUCUACUUUGUCAUCUGGAGAAACCUAGCAUGGGCUCUGGCCUUCAAGAUCGGUCGUACCCUGUUCUUCCUGCCCAAAACAACAAGACCCGCAGGUCUUACCGACCCCGUCUCUCUUAUCGCGCGCUUCCUCUGGUCUUCGAUGCUUCUGGUCGCUCUGUGGGAACUGUCCAACCGUGCCUUUACCAUCUACACUGCUCAAGAACCUGUCAAGAAGGACAAGCCUCUGACCGCCGACUCUAAAGAUCCCAAUGGUAGUUUGAUUGCCGGAUUAAAGGCAAAGAAGGAAAUCCCUAAGACCAUGGCUUUCUGGGAGCUUGCCAUGAUCACCAAAAAGUUCGAAGAACGUAGAAAGACUCUGUUUGCCGAGCUCGAUAGAAAAGGCGGAUCUACCUGGUCUCAAAUCUCUGGUACUUGUUUGAUCGAGAUUCAAUCCGUCAUUCAGCGCAUCCAGGACUCGCAAGCAGCCGUUUCUAACACACCCGAACAACCUCAGCCAAUUCAGACACUCCCGAAGAUCUCGUCGCGCCCUGUCAGGGAGGACGCCAUCUUCAUGGCACCACCUCCACCCUCAACCGGCCUGCAAGCUUUCGAAAGUUCUGUUGGCUUGGUCGCUAGAUCCUACGGCCAGUCUCAUGGCGCCACCAAUCCUGUCAGCCCACGAGCACAGAAACUGCUCGAGUAUGGUGCUGACCGCAUCCUCACCAAGGAACAACAGGAACAGCUUGGCCGCGCUGGCAUGGUCAACAACGCGAACGGUCUGAUCUCUUGGCUCAUUGGAACACCACUCGGCAUGCCCUUCCGUCAAUCCUUUGCCCGUCGCAUCAAUGCGACCGUGUUUGGUGUUCCAUUCAGCACUGGCGCCAUCAUCACAAAUGCCGUACAAGCCGUCUGUGGCCUUGCCGUCGCUAGUCUGAAGGAAGACAACCUCGGUCAAGUGCAGAAAGAUAUCUCGACCAUUGUGCGCACUCUCAUCAUUACCACACAACAGAUCCAACUUUUCGUCCGAAACCUGCCACCGCAUUGGACAGACAUGGACUUUGAUGGCAACCGCCGAGUCCCAGAAGUCGAAGAACUGUUGAAGGUUUUGCGUGAUGGCUUGCACGAGAUUGUCGUUACUUUUGGCGAGUAUGCAGGUAACCUGGGACUUUCAAGGUCCGAGAUGAUGAUUGCUAGAGAGUUGGCGGGUAGAGGUCCUGAGAUGGAGUCUGUGAAA